UCAUACUUUGAGAAUUACUGGCAUUCUGAUAAGUUGUAGCAAUGUCAGGCCUACAUGUGGGAUUGACAUCAAGUCUGUGCUAUUCCGGUUUAGGAUUUAUCAUAGGGCUCCGACAGCUUUAGGUAGCAUGGGACAAACAUUUGUAAAGAAGUGUCCUUGUAUCUUUCCCAAUCAUAUUCUGCCGGCGCGCGGCCCUGUCUAUCUCUCGAGUGAUGACAUCAAAGCCCUCAACGGGUGUCAUCUCGAACAUGUGGAUGUGGCGGACGACAUGUCUGGGACCCUCAUUGGUAUCAACUUGACCCACGAGACAGGCGCCGCGGCCACACCAGGAAUAAACUUAGGCUUCGUUACCGUCAAAGGGGCGACAUCCUUGUCGGCUGCAACAUUUCGGAGUACGUUAAAAUCUGAGUUGAUAACAGUGCCGGUGACAUAUGGAUUUCUUACAAAACAAGGAUGGCCAGUCUCACUCUCACAAGAAUCAACGCUCGAUUUAAAACACUUGAUACGAGAUGAUGGCUCGAUUUAUAUUCAAAAACUAUAUGAUAAACCACGUAUUGGAGUUAAAACUGGGAAAGGAUUCGCUAUCGGAUUUGUAUUUGUGGAGUACCUUUGUUCCCUGCGGCAAGCAAGGCAUGAUAUACAAGAUCAGCUUGGUCACAUUGGGGGUAGUAUCUACACGUCGUAUCAGUUCAUCGACAGCAACGGCUGGCCGGUUAGUCUCGAGCAAGAGACCUUACUCAUGGUACAGGACAUUGUGAAAGACUCUGUGAUUCACGUGUGCAGCGAGGUGUUCUCGCUCGAGGAUCUCACAAACAGCUCGGAUGAAAGCGGAGCAGCGAAAGCAUUACAGCCGGGAAAAAAGAAAAGCCUUGCAAAAGAUGCUGGUAAUAUCCUGGGACCUCCGUUAGUUCGUCAGUUGACGUACCACUCGAGCAAAGAUGUCGGUCGGCGCACGAGUCAGGAAGUUGAGGUGGAGAAUCAUGGGAAAAUGCAUCAGAUACUCAUUAGUUAUGUGAGGGCUGAGGCAGCACAGCAUGCACUCGAUCUUAAGAAGGCUUUAACGGAUAUAGGAUACACAGUAUACUUGGACAUUCAUGAGAUAAAGACAGGCAUUGACUGGCAAGAUGCAUUGAAUUACGCCGUCAGUAAUGCAGAGGUAUUCGUUCCACUAGUGUCGGCGCGUUAUGGACAGACACAGUGGACAAAUCGUGAGGUGAAAUUGGCUGAUUUCCUCGGCAAGUUCAUCAUCCCGGUGAGUUUUCUCGACUUUUGGCCACCGCGGUGCCUGGCCAUUCAGUUCGCCACAACACAGUAUGUCCAGUGGAAAGCAGACAAGGACAUUGAGGAAGUGCCACAGCCUUGGGACUCUGGGACUGGGGAGGUUGAUAAGAAAGGGCAUGAGGAAUGUUUUCUAACAGAGGUGCGACAGGGUCAUGGCUCGAAGGUGCGAGACGUCAAGAACUGGGACAAGAAGUAUGUGCGCAACGUGGCCAAGGAUAUCGAUGAGAGGUUCAAUAUGAGGAUGAAAAACAAUGCGACUCUCUCGAAAAAGCCAUCCAUAGGUGCCCGUCUGCGGCCCACAUUCAGUGUGCCCGAGGCGGGCGCGUCCUCCACCGAUACUGGUCAGGCCAUGAACGAUGGCAGACAACUCAUUGUAAUCAGCGUACAUCCUAAACAGAAGGACUUUGGUGCUACAGUGAAAAGCUGGUUUGAAGCAGACGGCUACGAGACUUGGUGCUCGACAGAGAUGUUGGAUGACCCUGCGGUGAUCUCUGCAUCUCAAGGCAGUGAGGGGGGAAAGAGUCCCACGUCCACGAUCAGUCUAAGUCAGGAGUAUGAGACGUUACUAUUAUCUCAGAUCAGCCAGUCGUCGAUGAUCGGUGAGGACGGUGGGGGCGCCGCAAUGCAACUCAAGCGAUUACUUUUCCAGCAGAAGGCAGAUGAGGCGACCGUCAUCAUCUUCAUUCUCUCGGAGGUGUUUGCGCAUUCCAAGACAUGCCAGCAACAGGUAUACUAUUGUGAGCAGAGGAAGAGGUUUGUGCCGCUGAAGUCUGAGGGCUUCUGUAUGCCCGGCUGGAUGAGUAUGCUGAUUGGGACGAGCCCGUUUGAGGAUGCCCGGAGGGACGGCUACAAGGAGUUGCUAGUGGCGAGAGUGAAGCGGGCGCUGGACCCCGGCGCGGGUGACAUGAGUGAGGAGAUUAAUGAAGCCAAGAUCACAAUGGCGGUGUCGUUACUAAAGAAAACCAUUCCAAGUGAAGGCUGUGUAUACAUUUCGGGUAGUACACAGUUCUACUGUGAGAAGUCUGAAGCGCUAUGCAGGGCCAUUGGGAAAAGUUUAGCACUGCUUGACUCGGUUACCAUAGUCACGGGUGGUUUCUAUGGCGUUGGUGACUCUGUUGCUAAGGCUUUCGUGGAAGCAAGAGAAGCGCUGGGGAAACCAUCAAAUGUUUGGCAUAUUCUGCCGACGAGGGACGAUUUGGAUCGUCAGCAUCAAGCACGGCAGAACCGUGACCGAACAUUCCAGACGGUGCCGUAUGGGAUGACGGUAUUCAGCGGUGACAGCGUCCGUGAGCGUGAGACCAUUGUGUCCCGUGUGAUUGACAUAUGUCUGCUUGUCGAAGGAGGGCCUGGUGCAGCACACGAGGUUGAGCAGUUUGCGUGGUGCGAUCAUCAUGUGAUUCCAGUCAAGUGUACAGGGGGCGCUGCUGGUGGAAAGUUCAAUGUCCCUGACAAGAUAUUUGAGGUGCCGCAGGGUGUCUCAGCAGAGGAUUGGUUAUUACUUGACAACAAGAUGGCAGCACCCGAGGACAUCAGCUCUGCCGUGACAAGGAUCGUAUCCGGUCUCCAGACGACGAUCCGCCUGUACAAAGAUGGCGCUGCGACCAUUCGCAAGAGGAAGUACAGUUCAUUGAAGAAGAUCAAGAGACGCGGCCAGACACUGCCCACGUAUCGCAGUUUCAUCAUGACAGAAUGACUAGUCCGAAUCUGGAAGGAUAAACUGAAAUGAUCUCCGUUUCAAUCUAUGAUAGAAUCUGCCAUCACUGAUAUAAAGUGAACGGGUUCCUGUAAAAAAGGCAUUGGAAAAUAUUUGUGUACAGUUUUGGAUGUAGCCUGGUUCUGCUUGUUUAACUCGACUUUAGUGACGGCUCGACCAGGUGAUUCUGACUGAGGUUGAAAGAUUUAAUGCUUCCUAAUACUAAUGUGCAAGCGUUUGGUACUUUUAAAGAGGGGCUAUAGGCAAGAGCUAUGAGGGGCAAAUUGUUGUUGUGACUCUGAACUAGUAAUGACACCUGUUUGCGACUUCUUGUAUCUUAACCACUUAAUGUCAUGAGACGUAUAUAUACGCGAACUCUAUCUGAACCGCUCUGCCGUAAGACGUAUAUAUACGUCAGCCAGCCACAGUAUUGUCCCAUGUAAAAUCCUGUACUCAAACCCCUAUUCAAACAAUCGUGGGAAACCCCAGCGUAAACUGAAACUGGGGACUCUUCGUUCUUCACAAGAACACCAGCUGGCAGCACUUGAUCGAUGGCCAUUGCGAAGACGAAAAAUUACAUUUUCCUGCAAUUAAUUCCGGCAGAGCGGGAAAGCAAGAAAAACUUGAUUGCGGCAUUAAGUGGUUAAUCUGGCCUCCUAGAUCUAGCCUGUAGCUUCCUUGCAAUAGGUCCUCUGUUUGUUUCAUUGAUUCUUUUGUUGCCAUGGAUGUUGUUGUCAACUUUGUCACAUUCCUGUCUUGUUACAGAUCUGUAAAAGAUUAAGUAUAAGAUAUUUGUUAUGACGUGACUGCGACUAGAUGUAUGAGCCAGUCAACUGUGGUGUGGACACCCUACAUGAUUGUAGCAAAUUAUGACGUGACUGCGACUAUAUGUAUAAGCCAGUCAAUUGUGGUGUGGACACCCUACAUGAUUGUAGCAAAUUAUGACGUGACUGCAACUAUAUGUAUAAGCCAGUCAACUGUGGUGUGGACACCCUACAUGAUUGUAGCAAAUUAGCUACUUUACACAAAUACUAUGGAUACACCCAGUGUUAAAGGAGGCUAUAGACUUGGAUACACCCAGUGUUAAGGGGGCUGUAGACUUGGAUACACCCAGUGUUAAAGGAGGCUAUAGACUUGGAUUCACCCAGUGUUAAAGGAGGCUAUAGACUUGGAUUCACCCAGUGUUAAAGGAGGCUAUAGACUUGGAUACACCCAGUGUUAAAGGAGGCUAUAGACUUGGAUACACCCAGUGUUAAAGGGGGCUAUAGACUUGGGCUUGACCUUGGGGUCCAAGUGGUAGUCUCUAGGUAAUUGAUGUGCACAGUUUAAUAACUGUGUCUGGACGGUGUGAUUUCACAAUGAUAAUAUUUGCUCAAUAAGUAAGAGACGUACUGUUAGGUGCAAGAGACAUCAAUUGGUGACCUCAUUAACUUAAUCAGGCCUGUCAGUCUCUCAUAUCUGCCAUUUUUGCUGUGUGUUUUGUGAAAUUCAGAUGCAAUUUAAGAGCAAUUUGAGUGAAAUUGCUGCAUUUUGGGAAGAAAGUUAAUUGAUGAUACAAUGUAGUGGGGGUGUCCUACUAAGAGAGGUGUCCUACUAAGAGAGAUGUCCUACUAAGAGAGGUGUCCUAUUAAGAGAGGUGUCCUACUAAGAGAGGUGUCCUAUUAAGAGAGGUGUCCUACUAAGAGAGGUGUCCUACUAAGAGAGGUGUCCUGUAGGACGUGCCACUGUCUCUGUUUUGUUAGUUAAAGAAAAGUUUGUCUUCUGUUUGAAGGAGCAUUUUUUGUUAGGGAAUUGUUUUGAUUAAAAAUCAUGUUGUAUAAACCUAAAAACAGUUAGGCUCUUAUAGGCCUAAUAAUUGUGAAAAGUUGAAUUAAUUAUUUUUUGUAAAUUUAUUAUACUGGUGCCAGUAAUUGUUUUGUUGUAAAAAAUCAUCCGAGUGAUUGAAUUAUAUGCAGUACAGUUUCGUUGCCAGGGGGCCAUCUCAAAAUCAAUGGAAGCCUCAUUCAGCUUUACAUGUGAUCGUCUACACCAGUACUGGAGUUUUCUCUGUGAUUGCCAUUUUCACCCAAAAAGGAGGCUAUUCAAUUCUUGAUGUACUUGUAAGGGGUGUCAAAUAAACAGAAUUUAACCAAAUCAGAGCCUGAGGUUUUGGCAUUCUGGAAUCUGGAUGGUAUCUUCUUCAUGUAGUUUCUGCGUAUAUGUCUUUAUCCUCCUAAAUAUUGUGUCAUAUAUGCAACCAGCUUCCUGUCAUGAUGUAAGAAUCAAGCCAGAAACACAUGCAAUUAAUUUCCCCAGAAAAUUGGACGAAACAAAAGAGUUCUUCAGAAUGGAACAACUGCAGUUUUUGCAAGGUGGGGAAAGUGUUGCAGUUGUCACACUUUAAACUCAAAUCAUGUAUUGUGCGCCUGUAUAAUGCUUAUGGUUGAAUUAA